ACACCUAGCACUCCACCAAAGCCACAGAUCCGGUUCCAGGGGAGACCUGAAUGCAGGAGGAGUUUACCAUUAUGCCCGGAGCGAGGUCAUGCAAGGUGGUGGUAAUGGAUAUGGGCCUCCGGAUCCUUACAUGGAUGGCUACAACAGCUACACCUUUUCAAAAACCUCUAUAGGAGGUGGAAUGGGAGGUGGACAGGGUGGCUUUUACCUUGAUGGCGUUAAUCAGAGGGCCUUUCUCCUCCAGGGAAAAUGUCAGGACUACUUGGGAAAAGCUGAGCAUGCCAUGCAGUCUGGUGCGGCUCCAGGGGAUGUGGAGCGCUGCAUGUCCUUGGCCCGAGAGGCCAUAGAGCAGCUGAAGAGCUGUGCUAUGGAUUUAAAACAGAUGGGUCAGCCAAAUGAAAAUGUAGUCAGAAGUGUGGAGGUGUGCUCAGAUCAUCUGAGGGGGGUUCACAUGGCCAUGGGUACCAUGCAGAGGAGGACCCGGGGCAGCAGAGGGAGUUCUGGAGGCUGGGAAGAACCUGGAAGGAGCUUCCAUGAGGCUAUAGCCUGGAUCGGACAGCAAAAGCGUCUUAUUGAGACGUCUUUCUGGGGAGACGAUCCAGCAACCAUCAAGCAGCAGCUCAUCAGCCAUCAGAAGUUUCAUAGCUCCAUCCAGAGGAGCCCCGAGGUAGACCGUGCCAGGGAUGACUUGAUAAAAAAAGGGGACAAGGGAAACCUCCAUCAUCUGGAACAGGAAUGGGACGGUCUACAGAGACUGUCCAACAGUCGGACCCAGCAACUGCGAGAGCUACAACAGAUCAUUGCCGACAUCUCCAAGGAAAUAAUGUGGGUGAAUGACAGAGAGGAGGAGGAACUGGUCUUUGACUGGGGAGACAAGAACAUUGACCAUUACAUCCCAAACAAGCAGGAGAGCUAUUUGAAACUGAUGAGUGCGUUGGAGGCCAAGGAGAAGGACCUAAGUAAACUUAAAGUCAAAGUGGAUGGCAUGCUGAAGAACCACCACCCUGCCUCUGAAAAGAUCGAGGCCUACAUGGACACUCUGCAGACUCAGUGGAGCUGGCUCCUUCAGAUUACUAAAUGCAUCGAUGUCCAUCUGAAGAAAAAUGCAGCUUACAGCCAGUUCUUCAAGGAGGCCAAUGAGACAUACACUGUGCUGCAGAAAUUGCAAGAAACAGUCCGUAAAAAGUUCAUUUGUGACAAGAGCACGUCGUUAGAAAACCUGUUGGAGCUUCUCAAGGGACUGGAAAAAGAGAAGGAGAAGAUAUUGGAGAAGAAGAGGCAGGUCCAAAAUCUGGUCAGCAAGUCCAAGAGCAUUGUGAAACUAAAGCCCCGAAACCCCGAGGAAAAAAGCAGCAGCCCCGUCAUCGUGCAGGCCCUGUGUGACUUCAAACAAGACCAGAAGGUGAUCUGUAAGGACAAUGAGGGCAUCCUGAAGGACAAUAGCCAGCGCAGUAAGUGGCAGGUGACAGGCCCGGGGGGGCUGGACAUGCUGGUGCCCUCUGUCUGCCUGCUCAUACCACCACCCAACCCAAUCAGCAUCAACCUAGCCACGAAGAAUGAACAGUACUACGAUGCCAUCAUGUUGAUAAUCAGCCAGCUCUACAUCAACAUUAAGAGUCUCAUAGCCUGGCAAUAUUGUCUUAUGGAUAUUAGACGCAUCAGCUCUCUCACCAUCACGAUGCUGUCCCGUAUGCGACCCGAGGAGUAUCGUAACAUUAUCAAAAGCCUUGAGACUCACUAUGAGGAAUUCAAGCUCAGCUCCCAUGGCUCCCAGAUGUUUGCUGAAGAGGAUAAGAAGAGCAUUGAGAACCAGUAUAAUGGAGCCCAGGGCCAUUAUGAACAACUGGUUUUGCAGCUACCGGCUUACAGUAAGUAUAGUUCAACUCUUCUGCACUGGCAAUUGCUUGUAUUUAUUGUUGCUAGAGGGCAAGAUAAGUUUUCUUUUCAGUAAAUGAAACUCCGUUUGUAUGGGAAUGUACAAGUACUAGCCAGAUUUUCUCCUCCCCUUAAAAUAACCUUUAUACUCCAUCUUCCAAUAGUUGUACAACAACAACAAAUAGAGGCGCAACAGGUUGAGCUACAACGCCAACAACAGUUCAUUAUUAUACAGCAGCAGCAGCAACAGCAAAGCAUUGCUGAAGAGGAGGCAAAAAGGAAGGAAGAAGAAAGGAAAGUGGAAGUGAAAAAAGUGGAUGUGAAAAAAGUGGUAGCGAAGAAAGAGGUGCUCAACAAAGAGCAAGUGAUCAAGAAAAAUGUGGUAAAAGUGACCAAGGCGGAGCCGGUAAGGAAGAAGAUUGUUGUGUCCUCCUCAUCCUCUAAUUCCUCCUCAGCCUCCUCCUCACACAGCCUGUCAGAGCUGCACUCGCUCAGACUGAGGCUGGAGGCGGCUGAGGGAGCGCUGAUUCAGCACAUUCACAUCUGUCUGGGAGAGGAUGGAGGGCAUGACUGUGGCCGCAGGAUCAUACAGCUGGAGACAGUGCAGCAUGACAUUGACUCCAUCCGUGAAGACUGCUUGCGCCUGCAGGAGCGUAUUUUGAAGGAGCUGGAUGGCAUGAGUGAUUUGGAUAAAGCCCAGUUCCUGCGCAGUGAGAUCAGUGUAAUAAACCAAAGACUGGGCAGCCUAGAAAGCAGUUCCUCAGCCUACCUACAGAGGCUGCGAGCUCUUAGGGCUCUACUGGAGAGCAUGGCACGGGCUGAGGAUAUUGUAAAAGUUCAUGAGGCCAGACUGACAGAGAAGGAGACCACUUCCCUGGUGCCUGGAGAAGUAGAGGACUACAUGUACACCCUGGGGAACAUGAAGGCAGAUUUGGAUCAGAAGAAGGAUGUCCUUGCCUCCAUGGAAGCAGAGCUGGGAAAGGUGAGCCAUUGGAAUGGCCAGGUGUGUGGGUCCAUCCACAGGUGUGACAUGAUCCUCUCUAAAUACAGUGAACAUGUUGGCCUGCUUGGAGACCGUUGGAGACGCAUUCAGAAUCAGAUUGACUCCAGACUUCAGGAUCUGGAGUUGUAUAUGCCUCAGCUGCAGCACUACAAGCAAACCAGCACCUCCCUCUGUGAUUGGAUUAGUGCUACGCGUAAAAGACAGGAUGCCCUGCGAUCCAGCAAAAUAGAGGACAUCCCAUCUCUGAAUGACCAUAUAAACAACCAGAGGGCACUUAAUUUAGAAAUCAAAGCCAAGAGAGAGACCAUGGAGAGUGUACUGAAGGAUAGUGAGGCCUGUGUAAACUCUAUUAAGGACUAUGAAUCAGACCUCGGCUCGUACAGCUCAGGUUUAGAGACUCUUCUCAAUAUCCCAAUCAAGAGGACCAUGAUAAGGUCCCCUUCAAUGGACCUUACUCAAGAGGCUACACAACUGCAGACCCGUUAUAUGGAGUUACUCACCCUCUCUGGUGACUACUACAAAUACCUGGGAGAACUGUUGAAAAACAUGGAGGAACUCAAAAUACGAAACACCAAAAUUGAUCUUCUGGAGGAGGAACUGCACCUACUAAAGGAAGACAUCCAAGACCGUAAUGGCAAGAAUCGUGAGCUGGAGGAAGCCAUUGCACGCUACAGGUUGGAACUGUAUCAGUCCCAGGACCAGUUGCUGUCAGUGGAGGAGGUGAAAAGAAACACGGCUCUGCAGUGCAGUGUCACCCAGGAGAGCCUAGACGAUACUCACAGCCAACUAGUGGACCUCAAUGACCAGCUGGCCCGCUUAAAAUACCUGAUCGAGGAAGAGAAGAGGAAAAGGAAGUUGGCUGAAGAGCGUUACAUGCAGCAGCAAGAGGAGUACGAGACAGUGCUGGGGAAGAGGCAGAAGGAGUUAGAGGGGGUCAAUUGGGCCAAGAUGGAGGUUGAGAAGAGUGUGGCAGAUAAGGAGCAUGAGGCUGAGCAGCUGCGUCGGCAGUUGGCUGAGGAGGCAGCCAUGGUGAAGGAGCUACAACUAGAGAUUUCAAAGGUAAGGAGCCAAUGUCAUACAGAGAUCAAUAACCUAAAGCUUGGCUACGAAUCCCAGAUUCAUGUCAGCUGCACAGAAAUCCAACGGCUGGAAGCCCAAAGGGAAGAGGACACAGCAGAGCUCCAACUGCGAUAUAAUAGGGUGGAGACAGAGAGGUGGAAUCUGGAGGAGGAACUAAGAAGGCUCAGACUAUCUAUCAGCCAGACUGAGGAACACAGGAAGAGGGCAGAGGAGGAAGUGCACAGUCAGCAUUCUGUUAUCAUAGAGGAGGGGCGACGGAGAAGAGAAGUGGAGGCCCAAGUGGAGAUGCUUUUGCGAGAGAAGGAGGAGGAAAGAAGUUUUCACAGAGAGGAGCUGGCCAAGAUCACUAAAAGCCUGCAGGAGAAGAGUGAUGAGCUGGUUUACCUCACACACAGUCAGGAAGAGGAGGCUCGAAGGAGGAGAACCGUAGAGGAAGGGCAGGCUGUGCUGGAGCAGACCCUGGCUCAGCUACAGGUGAAGCUAGCCAGCAAUUCUAUGGCUAUGGCCCAUUUGAGGGAGUGUGAGGAAGAACUCAGGAAGAUGCGCUUAGAGCUGGAAAGGGAGGGUAGCAAGAAGAGAAGAAAUGAACAGAAUGUCACCAGGUUACAGGGACGUAUCAGGGACCUUCAAGCUGUCAGAGAUGGACUGGAGAGCCAAUUGGAAACACUGAGGAAGACCAAUGAAGAGGAAGUGGCUAAAAAAAGGAGGGUAGAGACAGAACUGGAGCAGACAAACAUGAUCAUGAAAGAGUACGCCAGCACCAUCACCAGUCUACGGCAAAGCCAAGAGCAGGCCAGUGCUUCAGAAAAGAGGUGUGAAGCGGAGCAGCGUAGACUGCAGGAGGAACUAGAGAGGAGCUCAAAACAAAAUAAGGCCUCCAAUGACCGUUUAACUCAGUUGAACUCAGAGCUGAGGGCCCUGCAGCAGCAGCUCUUCCAAGAGCAGGCACAAGUCAAGGAGGCAAAUCUCUGCAAUGAAGAUCUUUACAAAACUAUAGAGGAGAAAAGUAGGGCACUGAACGAAAAUUUUGCUGAGCUUCAAACGCUGAAAGAUUUGACAGAAACCUUGACCAAAGACAGACUGAGGUUGGAAGAAGAGCUAAGGGCAGUUCGACUUGAGAAAGAGGAGCUCUUGAGAUCUAAACAGGGGAUUGAUGAUGAGCUGGCCUCCCAAAUUACUGCCUUAGAACUGCAGCUGCAGAGCAGCACCCGCAGUGGACUAGACUACCAAAACCUGGUUGCAGAGCUCUCUAUGGAGCGGGAGAAACUCAAGAUGGAGAUAAAGCAAACACAAAAGCAGGCCAAAGAGACCACAACCUUGAUCCAGUCCAACCAGUCUCAGUACAAUGACAUGGCAAAGGAGAGAGAUGCUCUGCUGCUGAAACUGAAGUUGUCAGAGCAAGACAAAAAUCGUCUCAUGAAACUAGAGGAGGAAUUCAACCGCAUCAGUCUUUCGCUGAAGUCUGAGCUACACCAGAAACAAAGAACGGCAGAGGAGAAUGAAAGGGUGAGGAAAGAUUUAAUGUACUGGAGGGAUCAAUAUGAGGGCAAAGAAGACCUUGUUCGGAAGUAUGACUCAGAUAAAGACCUUCUGGAGCAGGAGAAGAAUGCCCUGAAAAGUGAGAUAGAGAGGCUAAUGACAGAACGUAAGGAAGUUGAGGAGACCUACAAGAACAGACUGUCAGCUCUUCAGAAAGAACUGACAGAGAUGGUAACUGUCAGAAAAACCAUGGAAAGUGAGUUGAUGAGCCUUAGAGAGCCUCCCACCUUGGACCCCUCAACUUUGGUUUUUGAUGGAGUCCGCAAACCAGUCAAAGCUCAGCAGGCAGAUUCUCCCAAACUUGUUUUUGAUGGUGUCCGUAAGCCAGUCACAGCUCAGCAGUUGCUUGAUUGUGGUAUUCUGGACAAGCUAACAUUUAACCAGCUUUUGAAGGGGGAGAAAACUGUUCCAGAUGUGUCUCUUGAUAAGAAGCUCUACUUAAAGGGAACAGGCUCUAUUGGUGGGGUGGCAGCUGGACCUCUUGGAAAGAUGUCUCUAACAGAGGCCAAGAAAGAAAAAAUAAUGUCUGUAGACAGUGCUAACCUUUUACUGGCUGCCCAGGCAGCCACUGGCUACAUCAUUGACCCCAGAGCUAAUCAAAAGUUAACUGUAGAGGAAGCAUGUGCCAGCGGAGUAGUGGAUAAAGAGGAUAGAGAGCAAUUGUUGAUGGCUGAGGCUGCUGCUGUGGGUUACUGGGAGCCUCACACAGCCAAGACUCUUUCAGUAGGCCAGGCCAUGCAAAAUGGAUUAAUUGACAAAGAGACAGCUCUGCGCAUGCUUCAAGCUCAGGAAUCUGUAGGGGGCAUUUUGGAUCCUUACCUUAGUAUAUUUCUGUCCAAAGACUUAGCUAAGGACCGUAGUCUCAUAGAUGAGGACUUGUACCAAUCCCUGAAUCAGUGCCCCGAGUGUUACCUAGACCCAGACACCCAGCAAGCAUGUAACUAUGUAUUUCUAAAGAAAAAAUGCAAGGCAGACCCCAACACAGGGCUGUUACUUCUCCCUGCCCCAGAAAAGCCAAUGACUGUCCAGGGCAUUAGGAACCAGGUUGCAGUCACAGACCUGGUGGAUGCCAACCUUCUGGAACAUUCUGAUGUUGAUCAACUAAGGGAGGGUAAACUGACCAGCAGGGACAUUGAAGAUCGCCUGCAUCCCUAUCUGAAGGGCUCUUCCUGCAUUGCAGGAGUCUAUGAUGAAGCCAGUGAUAAAAUCAUGCCCUUCUAUCAGGCUAUGAAAGAGGGACUGCUACGACCUGGGACCACUUUGGAACUACUUGAAGCCCAGGCAGCCUCAGGUUAUUUGAUUGACCCUAUCAACAACCUUUACCUGACUGUCAGCCAUGCCUAUGAAAACAGAUUGUUUGGACCUGAGUUUAAGGACAAACUACUAUCAGCUGAGAGGGCUGUAACUGGUUACACAUUUCCUGGCACCAGCAAGAUCAUAUCCCUCUUCCAGGCCAUCGAAAAGGGUCUAGUGGAAGAGGGCCAUGGUAUUCGUUUACUAGAGGCCCAAAUUGCCAGUGGGGGCAUUAUUGAUCCUAUGCACAGUCACCGAAUUGAUGUUGCAGUAGCCUACAAAAGGGGUUACUUCAAUGAGAAAAUGAACCAGAUUCUGACAGACGAAGGGGAUGACAGUAAAGGCUUUUUUGAUCCCAAUACACAAGAAAACCUAACCUAUCUGGAGCUUAAGAAACGCUGUAUCAAAGAUAGGAAUACUGGUCUUAUUCUACUGCCCAUCAAAGACAAGAAGAAGCAACAGCAGUCUAUGCAGAAGAACACACGAAGAAAGAGGAAAGUGGUAAUUGUGGACCCAGAUACUAAUAAAGAGAUGACCAUACGAGAAGCAUAUGAUAGAGGGCUUAUCGAUUAUGAGACAUUUGUGGAGCUGUCAGAGCAAGAGUGUGAGUGGGAAGAGAUCACCAUCACUAAUCCAGAUGGAUCCUCCCGGUUUGUCAUUGUUGACAGGAAGAAUGGUAAACAGUAUGAUAUUACACAGCUACUGGGACAGGGAGUAAUUGAUCAAUCAAUUUAUAACCAGUACCGCUCCCGUAGCAUCACUCUCAAUCAGUUUGCAGAUAUAAUCAUGAAACAAACUAGACCUGGAUCAUUUUCAUUGUCAUCAUCCUCCUCUUCAACUAUGAGAACCUCAGCAACUACAAAUCCAUCUUCUCUGUCCUCAUCAUCAUGCUCAUCAAGACAUUUGUCUCCCUCUUUUUCCAAAUUAACUACAACAAAAACUACCACAGUUACAGGGCAGAGGACCAUUAUCAGCAGUGAGGCUUCAGCUUUAACUGACUCCCUUAAGCAUAUAUCCAGUGUUUCCAUCAACCUGGCCUCCCCUGUUGAAACACUAGGUGAAUGGGAACCAGUGGGGGCAAUCUUUGACACAGAGACCCUAGAGAAGAUAUCAAUUUUGGAGGCUCUGAAUCGUGGCCUGUUAGAUUCCAUCACCGCUCAGAGAUUACUGGAGGCCCAGGCUUGCACUGGGGGCAUUGUUAACCCAAGUAAUGGCCAUAGGCUUGGUAUCCAGGAGGCUUCCCGUCAGGGGCUAAUAGAUGAGAACAUGGCCUUCAGGCUCAAGCCUGCCCAAAAAGCCUACUUUGGGUUUGAGGAUGUAAAAACCAAGAAAAAGAUGUCUGUUACUGAGGCUGUUAAGGAGAAGUGGCUUCCAUAUGAGGCAGGCCAGAGGUUCAUGGAAUACCAAUUUGUGACGGGAGGGCUAUAUGAUCCACAGCUAGGCUGUAGGAGAACCAUUGAAGAUGCCCUGAAGAUGUGUUGGGUGGAUGGGAGAACCGCCCAGAAGCUCCAAGAUACCAGACAUCACAUGAAAAACCUAACAUGCCCCAAGAGCAAACUUAAAAUCUCCUACAAGCAGGCUAUGGAUAAUUCUCUAUUGGAGGAAAACACUGGAGUGAGGAUGCUCCAGGCAUCUUCCAUAUCCUCCAGAGGUAUAAGCAGUCCCUACAAUGUCUCCUCUGCACCAGGAUCCACUCCAGCUUCCAGGAGCAGCUCACGUAGGAGCAGUGUUGAUCUAGGAUCCCCCUCCUCCUCAGUCAUUAACCGCUAUAACUAUGCCAACUAUAGCCACUUCUCCUUUAGCUCCAGAUCCACAUCCUGAUUUGCCUCACAAAUCAACUCAAAAAGAUCCUUGGCACUUUUGUUACCCUGCACCACUAGGUUUAUCAAUGAAUCUGCUUUCUGAUCCCCAUGUCAGAGUAUAUUGGAGACACUGAAUAGAAUGGCUGAUCUGAGUGUUAGAUGAGCAAUGUAUACAUGAACAAUUUCUUAAAUUCUUUGACUUAAUUUAGGUUUCAGCCUCAGUUUUGCUAAACGCAUAACAUCAAAAUGUAUUGUCGUUUAAGAUUAUCUUUAAAGGAUAGGAAACCAAACACCCCAAGAUAUUUUAAUAGUCUGACCCAUUCUAGGGUACUUGAUCCUAUAAUAUAGAGGGUUUAUCUGUAUAAUUUGGCUUUGUUCUUAUUUUUACUUAGCUAUCAUACAUUUAAUUUUUAUCUAUGCUUUCGUGUUUUGUCAACAUAAUGGUGUUUACAUUAAAAAAAAAUAUAAGUAGCUUAUUCCUAUUUUGUGCAGUAUGGGGUGUGUGGUUGUCUAAUUUUUAUUGCUUUUAGUUGGAUUACAGUACUAUAAAACAGAAAAUGCUUUUAACCAGAAUAGUAGCUUUGUACUGCUAAAAGAAGAAUAUGCUGGUAACCAAUGUGGUGGUGUUAAGUUUAGUGCUUCUGGUUUUGUAACAGUUC